AGAGAUUAUAAAUAGUUUCGAGAGUUCUCGACUUCAAAAUAAGAACCCUGAAUGUCUUCUAUUCCUCCUCCAGCUGAGAUGGAUCCUGAAACUGCCCUACAGCUUGUAAAGCACGGUGCGACGAUUCUCCUCCUCGACGUUCCUCAGUACACGCUUAUUGGAAUUGAUACUCAGAUGUUCUCUGUAGGGCCUUCUUUCAAAGGUAUAAAGAUGAUUCCUCCAGGAUCACAUUUUCUUUAUUACAGCUCAUCGAGCAGAGAAGGCAGAGAGUUUUCACCAAUUACUGGCUUUUUUGUAGAUGUUGGUUCCUCUGAGGUUAUUGUUCGAAAGUGGGAUCAGAGGGAGGAGCGACUUGUUAAAAUAUCAGAAGAAGAGGAGCAGCGAUUUGGGGAAGCAGUUAGACAAUUAGAGUUCGACAGACAACUUGGUCCGUAUAAUUUGGGCCAAUAUGGAGAAUGGAAGCGAAUAUCUAAUCACAUCAACUGUACCACAAUUAAACGACUAGAACCUAUUGGAGGUGACAUUAGCGUGGCUUGUGAACCUGGAAUUUCUCAAAGCACUUCCAAGUCUGCAAUUGAGAAAGUCCUGGAUGAUCAGUUGAAGGCUAGUAAGUUUGCAAUGCACGUUGAUUCAUCUCAGAGGAGAAAAUGUUAUUACACAGAAAUUCCCCAUGUUAUCAAACAGAGAGGAGUUCAUGGGCAAGAACUUACUAAUUUGAAUCUUGAUAAGACUUUGCUACUCGAAAAGUUACUGAAAAAGGAUUUUGGAGGUUCAGAGGACUUACUCCUUGGGGAGCUACAGUUUGCUUUCGUUGUAUUUUUGAUGGGACAAUCACUUGAAGGAUUCCUACAGUGGAAAUCAUUAGUUAAUCUGUUUUUUGAGUGUACAGAAGCUCCUUUUUGCACAAGGAGUCAACUAUAUACAAAGUUCAUUAAGGUCCUCUACCAUCAAUUGAAAUUUGGAUUAGAGAAAGAUCAUUCUAAUGACACGGGUCAAACAUCAACAAUUUUAGAUGAAUCGUGGUUUUCUGCUGAUAGUUUCUUAUAUCAUCUAUGUAAGGAUUUCUUUUCAUUGGUGCUAGAGGCUCCAGUUGUUGAUGGGGAUCUUCUGACAUGGACAAGGAAACUCAAGGAACUGCUAGAGAACAGCCUGGACUGGAAAUUCCAAAACAACGCUGCAAGUGAUGGAAUUUCUUUCGAUGAAGAUGAUGAGUUUGCUCCUGUAGUUGUAGAUUAGAGGCUGGAUGAUUCUAAGGUGUCAUGAGGUCUCAAGUUAUAUAUUUUAGUCUAUAAUGUUUUUUUUUCCCCCCUUCAAUUUAGCUUCUUAUGCUUUGUGAUGAACGUUAAAAUUUGUGAUAUGGUGGGUUUGACACAAAUCUAGAAGAGUAGUUGGCUUUUACAAAUCUAAACAUUAAGGGUUAUAAUAUUUAUCUAGCCUA